ACUCAUGGAUCACAGAAGAUUCUUACUUUUCACCAAAACACAUUUUCAGCUGUGACGACCGCUGUUGAGAACAGUAAAGUGACUCAUAAGAAGAAAUGUGAAGCAGCGUUGGCUGCCGGGAAGCCCCCUCCACGUUUCGAUUUCUUGUGGACCGAAAACUUGGCGAGAGCUUUACGAAGCCAAAUGGAUCUUUACUGGUCAGUACUGUUGAGCUCCGACACCUACGCUAAAGCCGCUGAUGGCAUUGUCACAAUCUUCAGUAAAGAAAUUCUUCCUUAUUUCAAAGGAGAAAUCAAAUUGAGUCGUUUGCUUGUGGAAUACACUCGACGUAAUCCAGACAAGGCUUUCAUACUGGCUUGCCCAAGUGUUCAGAAACUUAUGAAAGACGAAGGAGUCGAUUUAAACAAGUAUGCUUGA